CGGCGGCAAAUUGAAACUCUACAACACCUUGCAGCAAAACGUGAUGUACACAGCACCAGCACUUCCAGUGUUGGUAUGUCUUCGUUUUCUGCUCGCCGCCCUGCCACUUCCAGGUCAACAUCUACUCAAGCAUGACCACCAACUCAGCUCUCCACUGACUUCCUACCUUCGCUUAAAUGAAGGGCUUUGGCUCCUCGACAAUGACAUCGACCCAUACAUGGGAGGAGCCUUUCACCAUUCUCCUCUCCUACUUUCCUUAUUUUCAACCAUCGUACCUCCACUCCCAAUAAUAUGGGCUGUGUCUGAUGCAGUGGGAGCAUGGGCCCUUCUCCGCGUUUGGCGCGCACGCCAGGGUUUAUCACCUCAUAAGGGAACGAGGUCCAAUGCAGAGAACCUCAUCGUAAGCGUCUACUUACUGAAUCCGUACCUACUUCUUCCAUCACUCGCGCUAUCAACCUCCACAUUCGAAAAUACCCUUACCCUCCUUGCUCUCAUGUUUGCAUCUGAAGGUAAACCAUCCCCAGCACUCCUCGCCAUCGCAUUCGCAAUGCACCUCUCACCCUCCUCCAUCCUCUUGCUCCUCCCAAUCCUCCUGCUCCUCGUCAGCUCCCCCGCGUCUCACCUUGCCUCCCCACGCCCGUUCCAAGGCAGCUUCAAGCACAUACCGUCCCUCUUUGGUGAGUUUAUACUAUACUGGCUCGUCCUUGUUGGUGCAGCAUGCACCAUGACGGGCGGAGGCUGGAGUUGGGUCAUGGGAUCAUGGGGCGCAAGCCUCACACUUCCAGACCUCACACCUAAUCCGGGUCUCUGGUGGUACUUCUUCACUGAAAUGUUCGAUCAUUUCAGGCCAUUCUUCCUCAUGGUCUUCUCCGUCCAUCUCGUUAUAUAUAUAUUACCGAUCUGCAUAAAAUUCCAACACGAUCCCCUCUACGCCGCAUUCCUCCUCGUAGGCGUGCUAGGGACGUUUAAAGCGUACCUCACUCUCGCAGAUCCAGGUCUAUUCCUAAGCAUGAUUUCCCUCUUCCCUGAAGUACACGGCUACCUCCGCCACCCAAUCAUUACCACACUCCUCCACCUACACGCCGCGCUCCUCCUUCCACUUCAACACGUCCUCUGGGUGAGUGAGGGCCGUGGGAAUGCUAAUUUUUACUAUGCUGCGAGUCUUGUGAUGGGUAUGGCGGGUGGUGCGGGGCUUGUAGAUGUGUGUUGGGCGGGGAUGCGGAUUGCGAUUGGGGAUGCUAAGGUUGAGGACGAGAAGGCAGAGGGUGGGAAGGGAAAGGUGGUGUGGGAGGUGGUGCAGCAGUGAGGAUUGGUGGUGUGCUUCCUGUAUGGCGCCAAGGUGGUAAUAUACAUUGUCGUUGCAUACGAUGUUGUUCGUUCGAAAUGCCGUCUUGGGUGCUUGAUUUUAAAGACUACAUAGACAUACCAGGG